UUGGGUUUGGUUUUCGGUUUUGGUUUGCCUGCUGCUGGGUUGCGGGUGUUACGCGAUGGAUGCCUACACUCAUUCGCGUUUUGGUUAUUCGCAUUUUCGGCAUAUUCGUGGCAUCAUCCGACGCAUGGGGCGGCAGUUACAAAAAAUACAAAAAAUACAAACAAAAAAACCAAACGAAAUUUAAGAAAAUCGUAAAUUAAAUAGAACAAAACACACAACAAACAGAGAAACAACAAAACGAGAAGAGAAUAAGCCACCAUCAUAUCAUCUUACAUAUGGCAGAGUUUGAAUCAUUAACGAAUGACAACGAUUGUGUUUAUGAUUGUUGUGCAAUGGCCAAAUCGAUAAAUGAAACAAGAUCUAAAACAACAACAACAACAACAAUUCAUACACGCAAAAGCAUAACAACAAUUACAUUUGUAUUGCUAUUAAUUUUAUGCUGUUUAUGUGAUUACAAUUAUGGAAGCUGGGCUUCCCAAUGCUGGAGGAAGCACAAUUCCGGUUCGAUACAAGCGCCAGAUGGUGAAUUUAAGCGUCCAUUUGGGAUACUCUGCACAUAUCGUUGUUUUCUUUGGUUUCCGCCAGUCUAUCCAUAUUGUGAAUUUAUUUUCGAUUUGCGCUUAUCAAGACAUUUUACAUCAUUCCCGGACUGCUAUGAGAUCCGCUGCAAUGAGACGUUCACCUUCUUUGGCAACGAGCAACAAUUCUAAAAUGAAGUCCCUAAAAAUUAUUGUAAUUAUAUAAUAUAUAUGGUUUUAUUUUUU